CAAAACUAAACUUAACAUACCCUCUCGGGAGGAAUUGUGAAUUUGGCCGCAAAAAGGGCAUUUUUAUUCAUCUUCUGAAAUAUAAGUAAAACUAUGGAAGACGAUUUAGACACUGUAAGCUACAUUAGUUGUGGCGAGAUCUUGGUAGCCCACUCUUUAAGUAACAAGGAGGAAUAUUUUCUAAAAUGCAACAAUUGCGAUGAAGGAUUUUCACUGUUAGAAGAUUUCAUUACGCAUCAUCAGUAUUAUCAUAGCGAUGUCAAAUCUGAACUCGACGAAGAUGAUAUGGGAAAUAUUCCCCAAAUUGAGAUUUACGAUGGAGACAUUAUAAAGGUGGAUAAAGAAGAGGAUAUAGUUCAUGAAAAGGUAGAAUAUCUAGACGACCAAGACAGCGAGUUCGGCGAACAAGAUGUGGAUUAUAAACCAGAUGCCUGUCAGAUUAAGGAACAAUGCAAAGAGGAAGACAUCGAGAUUUGUGAAGAUAAUAUAGGCGAAGUAAGUGAUGAUGAAAAGUUCGAUUUCGAACACAGUGAAUAUCAAGAUGAUGUCCACAAAGAAAGCGAUGAAGAAAAAAAUGAACCACAGGAGGACGACAUUGAUACUGCCGCUGAUGACGAUGAGGAUCCAUUAGACGAACCUAUGCUGCAUGAUGGUGAAGAUGACAAAGCCGAUGAUGGUCUUGAUGAUGGCGAAGAUAACACAAGUCAAACUUACGCGCUCGAUGACAACGCUGGAUAUUCGGAUUCUGAUGGAGAGUUUGAACCACCUGAAGAUAGCAAAUCAAGACAGUUUGUUAGCGAGUUUCUAAAAUCGGAGCGAAACUUUAUAGCAUUUGUGGCUGCCUACAAAAACCAACCUCGUUUGUGGAAUCAUAAAAUCUACUCCAAAAAAUUUAAAUCCAAAAAGGAACGCGAUAGUUUUCUACAAAAAGUUGCCAAUGAAAUCAAAAGCCGUCUCAACAUACAUAUGACAUGCGACAAUGUUUCUGGCAUAAUAAAGCGCAUACGGCAAGAUUAUAGAGAAAAACUUAAACGCUCUAGACCAGAAGAUCAUGACCAUAAAGCCCCAAGGACCACUAAUUCAAGGCUUAGUUUCCUUGAUCCAUUCAUUGAUUACUAUUCUAUCGUUAAACUAGACACUCAUCGCGGUUAUUUGAAGAACGAUCAAAUUUUGGACAUUCUUUGUAUAUAUAAAAGAUACCCCGCACUUUGGAACUCAACAUUAAUGGAAUAUGUUUGCACAAACAAAAGAACGGAAGCCUUGAAGCAAAUGACUGAAGCCAUACGAACGGAAGUUGGAAUAGAAGUUAAUGAAAGUGCUUUAAAGAAGUACCUUAUGGGUGUGCACAGUCACUACUCCAAAGAAAAACAAAAUCAUAUGCUUAAAAAGGGCGGCACGAAAAGUAUAUAUUUUCCUCAUAUGAGAUUUCUUCAUGAACACGUAGGACCUUUUUGCUGUUCCAAGUGUGGGCGAAAACAUAGGAACCCCUUACAAUUCAAAGUUCAUCAAUAUCACAAUCACGGUGGACCCCCACCCUUGAAAUGUGCGGAAUGUAAUAAAGAAUAUGAACAGUUGGAACCUUACGUUGCUCAUAUUAGAAGACAUAUGAAUGACCUGAGUGAUAAAUGUAAGGUUUGCGGGAAAAUGUUUAUGAGAGCUGCAGAUGUACGAAUUCAUAUGCGUACUCACACCGGUGCUAAACCUUAUUUCUGUGAAAUAUGUGGUUCUUCAUUUACCAUGCCCUCGUCUCUCAAGGAACAUAAAAGACGCCACGACAAAUUGUAUAAAGUGUUUUGUGAGGUAUGUUCCAGAGGUUUUUAUAGCAAUGACAAAUUAGUUGCCCACAUGGGCACACAUUCCGAUGAGCGAAAUUUUGCUUGUAAUACUUGUGGAAAGGCUUUCAAGACCAAGAAAACUCUGAGAGCUCAUAUACACACACACGAAGAGGGUCGAAACUAUCCAUGUCCACAGUGUGGUAAAAUGUAUAAGAAUAGAAUAGGCGUUUCUCAGCAUCUGAGAACACACCGAAGCACAGCCAUUACAAAAUCCAAUCCAUUCUUAAGUAAUUGAGUAUAAUUAAGCUAUUAUCUUAAUAAUAUUCAUUUACACAACACACAUGUAAAAUGUUUAUUUGCUAAUUAAUUAUGGUUUUAUCUUAUCUUAA